AUGAAUGACCAUCACAAUCAAAGACCUUCGAUGUCUCCUAUCGAAGAAGAUCAGUCACCUAAAUCAUUUCAAGCUCCAACAAUGUCUAGGGAUUCAUCUUUCGAACCUGGCCCUAAUUCCAACGACAAUAAUAACAAUAUGAACCGAGACAAUGAGCCAUCUUCACGAGAACAACAACAACAACAACAACAACAACAACAAAUACCUACAUUCAGUACCCAUUCGUCAUCUAAUUCUGGAUUUGGAUCUGGAUCUGGCUCUGGCUCUGGAUCUGGUUCAUCCACUUCCAAUGAUAAUGCCAAUCCCAAUAUCGUUUCUGAAGAACAACUUGAUUUGGCAAGAGCUUCAGCAAGUAGAUUAGGUUUACCUGGUCCACAAAGACCAUCACUAGGUUCUACACCUUCAACCGAACCUUUAAUCCCAUCUGAUUACGAUCUAUCUCCAUCUGCUACUCCGGUAGGUAAUCCAUUCUCGUCUUACAAUUUAGGCGUCAAUACAACUUCGUCAAAUUAUAAUAAUCCUUCGCCAGGCGGUUCAUUCUCCAGUGGUUCUUCACCUACUAGAGCGUCUUAUUCACAGGGACCUGCACCUAAAAUUAGAAUAAACGACAUGCCAAAUUCACCACCUACCGAAGAUGUUGAUCAAGUUAACACGCCACCAGCUGUACCAGACUUCCCUCAAAGUCAAGGUCAAGGACAUGGAUUCUCAUCACCUUUCUCUUCUAAACCUACUCAAUCUAGAGGAUCAAUCAACUCGAUUCCACCUUCACCUACAAAUGGUGGAUCCAAGAGAAACUCUACUCCUUCCAUGAGAGCCGGCGUCGUUUCUGCUUCUGGUGUAGAAUUGAAUUCUGCCAAAAAUAAUAUAGCUGCUAGAAGAGCUAUGAGAAUGAAACAAGCUCAAUCAACCGAUAUGAAAGGAAAUAAAUAUUCAAAUUACACUCAACCUAACAGAAACGCUGCAUUGAAUAGAAAACCUUUCCAAAGUACAAGAUUGAAAGGUGAAAUUUAUAAACCUUGGUUAGAACAAAAAGAUCCUGCUUUAAGGUGGGCGAGAUGGAUUACAAUCGGUAGUAUCGUUAUGGGUUUUGCCAUUGCAGCAGUUAUCUGCUGGGAUGGUUACCGAUCCGUACCAUCGCUUGGCAAAGUUUGUUCCCUCAUCAACGACGAUUUCUCAAGUGGUACUAUCGACCCUGCCAUCUGGCAACAUGAGGUGCGAAUGGAUGGUUACGGCUAUGGGUCAUUCCAAUGGUCAACAGCCGAUUCCAAGAAUUCAUACGUCAAAGAUGGAACACUUUAUCUAGUUCCAACAUUAACAUCUGAUGAUAUUGGUGCAGACGCAAUAACGAAUGGAUAUACAGUUAAUUUAACUGCAGAUGGAACAUGCACUUCAACAAACGUUUCAAAUUGUGUUGCAGUGUCAAAUUCAUCUCAAUUAACUAUCAUAAACCCAGUCAAAACAGCAAGAUUGAUUACUAAAAAUUCACAUUCGAUCAAAUAUGGUAAAAUUGAAGUCGUGGCUAAAUUCCCAACGGGUGAUUGGUUAUGGCCUAGAAUCAGUAUGUUACCUGUCAAUAACACUUAUGGAGCUUGGCCAAGAUCAGGUCAAAUCAAUAUCUUAGGUGGUAGAGGUAAUAACGCUUCUUAUGAAGGAAGAGGUGUAGAUUUCGCUCAAUCCGAUCUUCACUGGGGUCCUACUACUGAUCUUGACAGACAGUAUUUGACUUGGGGAUACAGAGAACAAAGAAGAACUUAUUAUUCACAAAAAUACCAUACAUUCGGAUUGGAAUGGAAUGAGGAUUUCAUGUGGACUUAUAUCGAUUCAAGGGUCGCUCAAGUCAUCUCUUACAGAUUCAACAAGGAAUCGUUUUGGUCAAGAGGAAAAUUCCCCUCUACUUAUACGAACCAAUCUGAAGUGAUCAAACUUAUUAAUCCUUGGUUAUCAUCUUCACAAAACGUUGCACCUUUCGAUCAACCAUUUUAUCUUAUGAUUGAUUUAGCAGUUGGAAGUCAAGAUGGUUGGUUCCCUGAUGGAGAAGGAGGUAAACCUUGGAUUGAUCAAUCCGGAUCUGCAAUGUCAGAUUUCUGGGCUGCCAAAGCCAAAUGGUGGGAUGGCUCAUGGUUAUCGAAUAAGAAGACUGAAGAAGACAGAGCUUUCGCUAUUAAGAGUGUCAAGAUGUGGGAGACAUGUUAA